UGAGCCGUUUGUCUGCAGGACUCUCGGUUUGCCAGCCAAGUGGAGAAACAGGUGAACCAUGGUGAGUCCUGAACAGAAAGUGGUGCUGAUCACCGGCUGCUCCUCCGGGAUCGGCCUGAGGAUGGCCGUGAUGCUGGCCAAGGAUGAGAAGAAGCGCUAUCAUGUAAUAGCCACAAUGCGUGAUCUGAAACGGAAAGACAAGCUGGUGGAAGCUGCUGGAGAUGCAUAUGGGAAAACUCUUUCUCUGGCUGUUCUGGACGUUUGUAGUGAUGAGUCGGUAAAUCAAUGCAUCAAUGGCAUCAAAGACCGACACGUGGAUGUCCUUAUCAAUAAUGCAGGCAUCGGCCUGGUGGGCCCAAUAGAAAGCAUCCCCAUUGAAGAGAUGAAGAAAGUUUUCGAGACCAAUUUUUUUGGGGUGAUCCGGAUGAUCAAGGAGGUGAUGCCCGAUAUGAAGAAAAGAAGAGGAGGACACAUCAUCGUGGUCAGUAGUGUUAUGGGACUACAAGGGGUGGUGUUCAAUGACGUCUACGCAGCUUCCAAGUUUGCCAUGGAGGGCUUUUGUGAGAGUUUAGCUGUGCAGCUCUUGAAGUUUGAUGUAACACUGUCACUUAUUGAGCCAGGUCCGGUGCACACAGAAUUUGAGGCAAAGAUGAUUCAAGAUGUGAAGCAGAAGGAGUAUCCUGGUGCUGAUCCGGACACAGUGCAUUACUUCAAGAACGUCUAUCUCCCAUCUUCCGUGGACAUCUUUGAGACUCUGGGGCAAACACCGGAUGACAUUGCCAGAUGUACCAAGAAAGUUAUUGAAGCAAGCAGUCCACGUUUCAGAAAUCUGACCAACCCACUUUACACACCAAUCGUUGCGCUGAAAUACGCGGAUGAAACUGGAGGCCUGUCUGUUCGUGCCUUCUACCACAUGCUCUUUAACCUGGGUCCUCUGAUGCACAUCAGCAUGACUGCCAUGAAGUAUCUCACCUGUGGAUGUCUGAGGAGCAGGACAAUUUCACCAAACUGAAAACCAUCUCUGACAUGCGCAGCCCAUGUCAGUAACACCAUAGGAGUGUGUAAACUACGUACCAAGUUGAUUUUGUUAUCUGGAGAUGAUUAAAAAAACAUAUUUUGUUCUCAAUGUUGUGAUGCAAAAUGUUUCCUGUCACAAAUAGACAAAAGUCAAAAACAAAUCCUGCAUGAACAAUUUCCAAGAGGUUAUCUUAUUAUUUACUGUUACUUCCUGUCAUGGUUUAUAUAGGUCGUCUGUUUUAUGAGUAUAUCCUGGUUUGUAUGGCAUUUUAGUUUGUGCAUAAAUAGCAAAUGUGUACAUACUGUCUAGUUGUAUAUAAAUGCUGUACAUCUUUAUAUUUUUUAUCCUACCCAGAGUGCCAAAUGAGUAGGAUUUGCAGUUAUGAGACAACACACUGAAACCUCAUUACAUUAGUUUACCCCCAUGUGUAUCAAGUUGGUGCACACCAAGAAAUUUGUAGCCUGUGCAUCUCUGUACAUACUGUAUUUUUCUAAUACUGUCAGCAUUUCUGUACGGACUAACCGAAGUCUAGUACUGGUGGAGGAUUUAGUUUAGGCGUAAAGCGGUUGUAUACAAUAACCAUAAUGAUGAUAAAUGUGUUGGGGGGGGCAAAUUAACAACUUAAUUAUAAUAAUGGUAUAACUAUUUUCAUGACAUUUUUAAUCACUGUUAAUGGGGAUUUGGGAGC